AUGAACGAUUACAACAACACAAGUUAUAAUGAAGCGUCGGGUUCUGCCAGCCAGGAGGGAUAUAAGACCUUUCUGGCCGUGGCCCUGGUACCUUCUACCCUGCAGGAAGUUCUUGAAGCUCCGGACGGGGAGGAAAGAUAUAAGCUCAAUGACGACAUUGACGACAUCAUCACAUCACUCGGUAUCCUGGGUCGCACCCACAAUGCAUUGUCUACUCAAUGGGACCCAAUUCUUGGGCAAUUUAGCGAUGAGAUGAGUGAAUUAGGUUAUACCGAAACGCUCCGUAACCCAAGGACUUUAGAGUCGUUUUCGAUUGACAUCAAGCUUGUACCACAUCUCUUGAGUAUAGAGACAGCUCUAAGAAACACCUUUAUGGACCUUCAGGCGGGUGACGUAGACACUCUCAGAGCUUUUCGUUUUGAGAUGAACCCAAACACUCCAGAAUCUUGGAUGAUCAGACCUCUUGAGGAAAAAGAGGAGCGCUUUUGCAGUUUAGGUCUGGAACAGCUGAGCAUGACAACAUCUCAGCUGGGGCCAACACCCUCAGAGGAGGUGGUUCAACAAUUUGGUCAGUGGUCUCAAGGACGGGCUAUGGCGUUAAUCCAUGUGAACAAUAAAUACGCUCGUACAAGACGUAGUACGAGGAGAACGGACACAUCAAGGCCCUCUGUACAGAUCAAACGAAAACGAGAUCAAGUUGGAAGCACUGUGGAAUCAGCUCCACGACGGAUCAGAAGAGUUUUGACAAUGUCCCAAAAGACGCUUUCCAUAUUAUCCCUCUUCCCCAAGGAUCUUCAGCUCCUGAAAGGCGCGUGUAGCACCAAUGACCGCCGGAAGAUCUUGUUCGAGAUGGGCAAAACAGCGGGAUCUCUCAACAUUCUGGCUUCAACAUGUGUGCUCUUGAAGGAAGAGCUCUUUGAGCCUCUGAUAGACUUUGCCGAGACCAUUGAGAAAUGUAAUCUUGGGGACUUACAAACCACUGCCCCUAUGGAUUCUUACGAUUUCCCCACACACCUGACUUCAGACAUUCCCAAAAUCAUAUCACAUAUCUCUCAAACCCAACAAGAAUCGUUGAUAAUGAAUUCUCCUCUUAUGGCGGCCUUCCGCAAGGUGAGCUCGAAUAAUGGUUGGCCGGAUGUCCCGGAUGACAAGCUUUCAGGGAGCUGGGGAUUGCUUUCCUUUUGGGCAAGUAAGGAGCUGACUAUCUUGAUGGGAGAGACAAAUGGUGGGGAUGCCAACUGGUUGGAAGAAUGGGAGAGCAGAGCAGACCUGAUGUAUGACUUGACGGCUGAUGAUCGGGAGGAUUACGUCUCGUACGUUCCCCAAUAG